AUCAAAGACCCUUAACUGGAUACGUACGUUAACCCACUCUGACAUCUAGGGCAUGUUGACUCCUGCGUCCCUCUCGUUCAGUUUUUCCACUCCGACUGUUGCCUGCAUUUGCAUAGCCAUGCGGAAAAGAAAGCUCAACGAAUGUGCUUACCCAUCCGAGAAGGAAGAACAAGCUCCAUGGAGUCUCCUAACCUGGAGUUUGAGUAUGGGGACACAGACAGCCUGACCACUGAACUCUCAGAGAUCUACAGUUACACGGAGGAGCCCGAGUUCGCCCUCAACAGGGACUACUUUGAGGAGGAUUUCAGGAGCCAUGUGCGGGGGAGGUGGAUUGAGCUGGGUCAGGAGCAGCAGAAGGGCUAUGUGAUGAGACUACUAGAUGCUCUGGAGGUCACUGACCGGGACAAGAGGCUGAAGGUGGCCCGGGCCAUCCUCUACCUGGCACAGGGGGUGUUUGACGAGUGUGACACGGACGCAGACGUGAUCCACUGGUCUCGCCACAACGUGUUCCUGCUGUAUGACAUGGGCAUCUUCACCGCUCUCCUGGAGCUGCUGAGCAUGGAGAUGGAUAACAACCAAGUCUGCAGCAGCGCAGUGAGGAAACCUGCGAUCUCUCUGGCGGACAGCACAGAACUCAGGGUCUUGCUAAGCAUCAUGUACCUGAUGGUGGAGACCAUCCGUCUGCAGACAGAGGAUGACAGGCCAGAGUGGAGAACUACCAGAGAGGCCUUCAAGACUGAACUGGGUUCUCCUCUGUACAACGGCGAGCCAUUUGCCCUGCUGCUCUUCACCAUGGUGACCAAGUUCUGCAGUAUGAACGCUCCACACUUCCCCAUGAAGAAGGUCCUGCUGCUGCUCUGGAAGACCAUCCUGUUCACCAUGGGGGGCUUUGAGGAGCUCCAGGAGAUGAAGGUUCGAGGCAGAGAGAGGCUGAGCCUGCCCCCCCUGCCUGAGGACAGCAUCAAGGUGGUCCGGAGCAUGAGGGCAGCCUCUCCUCCAGCCUCGGCAAUGGAGCUCAUCGAGCAGCAACAGCAGGCCAAGAGAGGACGCCGCAGCCGCAGGAGUGCCUUUGUUGAUAGCUUGGAAGGAGACAGUCCCUUUCCCAAGAAGCAGCCCCUGGUAAAGCAGGACAGCCUAGACACGUACAACGAGCGAGACCCCUUUAAGAACGACGACGCACGAGACGAGGAGGAGGACGGCGAGGAAGCCGACAGUGGCAUCGAAGGCGAGGUGGACCCCCUGGACAGUGAUGUCAUCAUCCAGCCACCACCCCCACCGCCCCCGCUCAGACCCCCCACUGAGAGAGCGUCCCUCCCCAAGGGUCUGCCCUGGGCCCCCAAAGUCAGAGAGAAAGACAUCGAGCACUUCUUGGAGACCAGCAGGAACAAGUUCAUCGGCUUCACUCUGGGAAAUGACACAGAGACACUCGUCGGUCUUCCUAGACCAAUACACGAGAGUGUGAAGACCCUUAAACAGCACAAAUAUGUCUCUAUAGCCGAGAUGCAGAUCAAGCGGGAAGAGGAGCUUCAACAGUGCCCCAUGACCCUGGGAGAAGAGGAUGUGGAUGAGACGCCCACAGAGAUCCUGUAUCUGGGAAUGCUUCCUAACCUGUCUCAGUAUGUGAUUGCCCUUCUGAAGCUGCUGCUGGCUGCAGCACCUACCUCCAAGGCCAAGACGGACUCCAUCAAUAUACUGGCUGAUGUGCUGCCAGAGGAGAUGCCAAUCACGGUCCUCCAGAGCAUGAAGCUGGGUAUUGACGUGAACAGACACAAGGAGAUCAUUGUCAAGGCCAUCUCUGCACUUCUGCUCCUGCUGCUCAAGCACCUGAAACUCAAUCACAUCUACCAAUUUGAGAUUGUCUCCCAACACCUGGUGUUCGCUAACUGCAUCCCACUCAUCCUCAAGUUCUUCAACCAGAACAUCCUGUCUUACAUCAGUGCCAAAAACAGUAUAUGUGUGCUGGACUUCCCUCACUGUGUGGUCCACGAGAUGCCUGAGCUCACGGCUGAGAGCUUGGAAGCUGGAGACCGUAAUCAGUUCUGCUGGCGUAAUCUCUUCUCCUGCAUCAACCUGCUGAGGAUCCUCAACAAGCUGACUAAGUGGAAACACUCCAGGACCAUGAUGCUGGUGGUGUUCAAGUCUGCUCCCAUCCUGAAGAGGGCGCUGAAGGUCAAACAGGCCAUGAUGCAGCUGUAUGUCCUCAAGCUGCUCAAGAUCCAGACCAAGUACCUGGGCCGCCAGUGGAGGAAGAGUAACAUGAAGACCAUGUCAGCCAUCUACCAGAAAGUACGACACAGGCUCAAUGACGACUGGGCCUAUGGCAACGAUAUCGACGCGCGGCCGUGGGACUUCCAGGCGGAGGAGUGCGCCCUGAGGGAGAGCAUCGAGAAGUUCAACAGCCGUCGCUACGACAAGAACCAGAACGGUGAGUUCGCCCCGGUGGACAACUGCCUGCAAAGUGUUCUGGGCCAGCGCGUUGAGCUGCCGGAGGACUUCCACUACAGCUAUGAAAUGUGGCUGGAGAGAGAGGUGUUUUCACAGCCUAUCCAAUGGGAGGGUCUACUACAACAGGCCCAAUGAGCGGGGAGGACACGCAUACCAGGGACACAAGCCUACGACUACUGUGAUCUUCAUGUAAAUAUGUGGCAGAAAUAGAACCUCUGUUUUGUAAUCACCUGUAUCCAUGCAGAAAUUGUACAGUAAUGGUAUAGACAGUAAUAAUGAUGUCAUGGCAACUUGGCAGGAGCAGGCUCUUACAGUACAACUAUGUGGAAUACUGUGAUUCUUCUGUUAGUCACGACAACCAAUCCAACCACUCACUAUGUCCACUAUAACUAUAACCACCAGUACAUUUUUUUCUCACUCAAUUUGGUUCGCUUCUGUGCUUUGUGGAAUAAUGAAUUUUAUAUUCAUGGCAUGUCCUCUUUUUUUAUCAUGAAGAUGUACAUUUGAAGUACUGGCACUAUGUUUAGUUUAUGUUGUAAUGUUUUACAUGUGUAUUUAUUCAUGAUCACAGCCAUUAUGUUUCGGUAUGUAAAUCUCAUAGCUGCAGAUGAUAUUGUGGUUGAUAUUUCUAGAAAAGAAAUGCCUAUUUGUAAAGAAAGUACUGUGUAUUAACAGGCUAACGAUUAAUUACCUUACUGUGAUUGUUUUCAGUUAAAAUAGCAAAGAGGAAUUUCUCAAGCAAGAAUUUAGCCAGGACUGUCUGGAGUUGGUCUGAGUAGGGAGGGGGAAAUGAGCUGUUAUUGGUAGACAGGUUUUGAACUAAUUUACCCCGCCUGUGGAUGUCACCAGGCAGACUAAAACUCCAUCCUACCAAAACAGGAAGAAACAGCUGUUACAUUUAAAGGGCAUUAUCAUAAUUUUCACAGUAUUAUUCCAACCUCUGUGUGGAAAUAUAUAUAAAACACAGGAAAAUCACGUUUUGGGAGAAUUUAACAUUUCCCCUUUCUAGAUGAAUAGUAUUUUCAUUUGUGCAAUCACAAACAGAUAUUCCUGUAAGUCAUUGAUCAUCAACUAGAUUCAGCUGCGGGAUGAUUUUUAUUAAACUUCUUCAGCGGAUGGUCAGUGUGCCGAAACAUAAUUACAAAUCAUUUGUAGACAUAGUAUUUUACAAAGAUAAUAAACGUGCUUACAUUUGUAUACGAUCACAUCUCUCUAUUAUGCGUGGGAAUACUUGGCAAACCGAUUUCCAAAAUUUAAAAUCACUUGGACCUGAUUUCUUGGUGUUUUUCAUGUCUAGCUGUCCAAAUUCGGGCCCACGGCCAGCGAGUGGGGAAACCCUGCUGUUAGUAGUAUGUGGUAGUUCAUUUAUGUUUAUAAAGGUCUGUGAAGCCUUACGCCAGAUAGAGAGAAAAUAAAGGAUAAGGACACAGGCAAACCUUUUGAGGCUAAGCUGAAGGGUUUGACCAGGGAUUUGGAGGCUUGAGGGGGUUCAUCGGCCCAACGUGGGGAGGCCGUCUCUGGGUAACUAGAUGACAGUGUCCCUGACUCCCUCUGGGACCCCGAGAAGUCCUGUGUGCUUCACUCUCUGUCCUCCCAAAUGUGUCAUGGCUGUCUUGGUUUAGCCCUCAGGCCACCUCUCAACUUCCACAGAGCAGCACGGCAGCCAACCUUGAAUAACCGCACAACGACUGAAGGGCUACAAGUGUCCUUGUGAGGCCUAUGCUCUCCCUCGCUGAAUACACAGUAGUUGUCACACAAUGGUGUUGAUUUUUAUGAGAUCUGUUGUCUCGUCAAUUUAUUUCACUGUAAAGUAGAACUACCCUGGGCUGUCAAGGCCAGUACGUAUUCUCUGGUGAGUGUCCUGUAACUUUCUCUCAGGGUUAUGGAACAUUCUCUGAUGACGCAAGCACAUAAGACAUGAUCAUGGUCACUUUUUCCUACUAUCUAGUGUAGACUUUAGUGUCUCUCUCUGGAGAAUUUGUGUAGGCGGUGGAGAUGUACUUGGUUGUAUUAUCUUUGUAUUGAACAAUGAUUGUGUAACUGAAUUGUGCUUCUUCGAAGGAAACUAAGUCUGCAUGGCUGCAGUUUUAUCUUUCUGUUUGAAUGUGUCCUAUUUAAAAGUGUAUUCUGAAAUUUGAUACAAUAUUUCAAAAUGUGACUUGUUAAAAUUCUGUUUUUAGAACACAUAUUCAAAAUGUACUCUCACUCACCAUUUUGGUAUAUGUAGGGUGUUUUGGUAAAUGCACCUACAUUCUUGUCUAUUGAGUCAGCACAAUCUGGGGUAUGUCUCAAAAGUCAUGUCAAGUUUGUCCUACACAGGUGAAGAGAAUGUCAUUUGACCUUUUAGUUCUGGGUUUUCUUGAAUGCAAAAUAUGUUUUUUAAAAUAACUGCUUAUCUUGAGGUUCUCAGGUUUUCAGUAUGUACAACCUGAACUUUUAGAAUUAUUGUACAACUAUGGCUUCCUCCUCACUACCUAUACAGUAUGUAAGUAUGAAUGCAGCUGGUGGACUUGCAUGGUAAUAACAAUCUAAGCAUUGUAAAGUAGUCUACACUUGGAUUGGCACAAACAGUAACCCAACACAAUGUUGAUAAUUUCUUUACACUUUUUUGUUUCAGUUACAACUUUUUUUCAGAAACCCUAACCUCAUGUGACAAAGUAAUGAGUGGCAGUUUUGAUUAGGAAUGAAUGCCUUACUCAGAGCACCUCUCAUUCAAAACAACGCAAUAUCUCUUUUUCUACCUGAAAUUGUACAAUCACUGGAAAUACCCUACAGUACAUGUAUGUAUGUAUGUAUGCAUGUAUGUUUGUUGAGUUCUGGCACAGUUGGAGGAAGUGUUCCUAGAUGUGAUUUGCAGUGUUUGGAUAUUUGUGUUUUUGUCAUACUUCUAGUUGACUGUAAUAAUAGUGAUUUUGUUCAGGGGUUUGUACAUUCACUGUCCUGUACAAAGCCAUUAUUCUGUUGAAAGACACAUCAGAGUUGAAACUUGUAAAAUGAUUCUGUCCUUCAUAUUCUGUAUUUUCUAAAUAAAGAGAUCACUGGUUUUAAUUUGUA